AUCAAGUCGUUGACUGGCUGGAUAGUGGGCUGUUUGGUCAACAUAUCCCUUUUAAAAAGAUUGGAAAUUGCGGAUAUAGAGCUGGAUUUUCCUUCAAAAUUCAAACAUGGAGAUUCCAUGUGCGUAUGAAAGGAAAAUAUUUUCCAAGAAAAUGGUUGAGGAGAGUUUUAUUUUCACAUUCCAUACAAGGGAAGGUUGAGGGUGGACUUCGUUUUCAUACUGAAGGGUUUUUAUUGUUAUUAUUGUUUCCUUACAGCUGUAUUACAGGUGGGCACACAGAGUGAGAUUCUCAUAAAGGCCGAAGAAUCUGAAUCUGAAUCUCUUCUGGUUCCACCCUCCUUUGGAGACAAACAGGUAAGUUCAUCUCUGGCUCUGGCUCUGGCUCUGGCUCUGGCUAUGGUUCUUGUUCGAUUUUGAUUGUAUUCUCAUGCUUUUGGGUCUAUUGGAAUGAUGUCUUCGGCCCAAAAACUGGAUAAUUUCUAGCUCCUGGAAGGAAUAAUCAUGUCUGUGCACAAUGAAAAUGGGAAUGGGGCUCCAACUAAAGUUGAGGGAAAGUAUGCUGCAAUCAUUGUGUGUUGGCUUCUGGGAAAUGGAUGCCUUUUUUCAUGGAACAGCAUGCUUACAAUAGGAGAUUAUUAUGCUUAUUUGUUUCCGGACUACCAUCCUUCAAGGGUCCUUACCCUAGUAUAUCAACCAUUUGCACUUGUAACAAUUGCAAUAUUGACAUACAAAGAAGCAAAAAUCAAUACUAGACUACGAAACUUAUUUGGAUAUACACUUUUCUUCAUAAGUACCCUUUUAGUCUUAGUUUUGGACUUAGCUACAUCUGGGAAAGGAGGACUUGGGACUUUCAUUGGAAUUUGUGUCCUUAGUGCUGCUUUUGGAUUAGCAGAUGCUCAUGUUCAGGGUGGGAUGGUUGGAGACCUCUCUUUCAUGCUUCCUGAAUUCAUGCAAUCUUUCCUUGCUGGUUUGGCUGCAUCAGGGGCUAUAACCUCUGGUUUGAGGUUGAUUACAAAAGCAGCAUUUGAGAAUUCAAGGGAUGGCUUUCGGAAAGGAGCCAUAUUGUUCCUUUCCAUCUCGACAUUCUUUGAGCUAUUUUGUGUUAUUCUCUACGCAUUUGUCUUUCCAAAGCUACCAAUAGUGAAGUACUUUCGUGCAAAGGCAGCCUCUGAAGGAUCCAAAACUGUUUCAGCUGAUCUUGCAGCUGGUGGCAUCCAAACAACUGGGGCUGAAAAAGACCCAGAACAACCCGAGCGCCUAAGCAACAAACAGUUGUUACUUCAGAACAUAGACUAUGCGAUCGACCUAUUUUUGAUAUACAUUUUGACAUUGUCUAUUUUCCCUGGAUUCUUGUCUGAAGAUACUGGAUCACACAGCUUGGGUUCAUGGUAUUCUCUUGUUCUAAUUGCCAUGUACAAUGGAUGGGAUCUAAUUGGGAGAUACAUUCCGCUCAUUAAAUGCAUAAAGUUGAAGUCGCGAAAAGGACUCAUGAUAGGAAUUCUCACCCGUUUCUUGCUCAUACCAGCAUUCUAUUUCACUGCCAAAUACGGAGACCAGGGCUGGAUGAUAAUGCUGACAUCCUUCUUGGGAUUAACCAAUGGUUAUUUCACAGUCUGUGUUCUUACAGAAGCACCAAAAGGGUAUAAGGGACCCGAACAAAACGCAUUGGGAAAUAUCCUCGUGUUUUUUCUCCUUGGAGGACUGUUUGCAGGGGUAACAGCUGACUGGUUGUGGCUCAUAGGCAAAGGAUGGUGACCGUUGAUUACUGUUCAACACCGGACAACGGUAAAGACUUAUACGUCUAUUUUAUAGAUCAGCGAUGAAUAAAUGGAUGGCAAAGUAGUCAAUUCUUUAUUUGAAGUCUGGAUUGGUAUGUACAUUGUUCUGUUUUCAGAGUUGUAAACAAUCAACUGGUUUACAGGUUUAUAUCUAAUCGGUACAGUGGUAUAUUUCAUCUGUUUGCUCUCA